AUGGCAGAAUCAAACGAUUCCAAUGCUGCUUCUAUUCCCUUAUCAGCAUUGCCUCUUUUCUCUCAACUUCCUCCCAUUUCAGUUAAGUUAACUAAUGGGAAUUUCUUGAUUUGGAAGCAACAAGUAGAUGUUGUUGUGUAUGGAUACGAGCUUGAGUCAUUUCUCACUGGAGAAGCCAGCCCACCACCACAAAUGAUUGUUGAUCCAGCUGUAGGAUCUCUGGUGAUUAAUCCAGCAUUCUUUGUUUGGCAGAGAUCCGCAAAGGACAUAUGGGGAGCACUAGAGAACAACUUUCCUAGCCACUCAACUGCAAAAGUUAUGCAAUACCGGCAACAGAUGCAAAAUCUCAGAAAGGAAACACUCUCAAUGAGUGAAUAUCUUGGUAAAAUGAGGAACUAUUUUGACCUUCUCAAUUCAGUUGGUUGCAUGGUCUCUGAUGGAGAGCAGAUUCUACACAUUCUUGGAGGCUUAGGUCAGGAAUAUGAUCCAGCUGUAUGUGUUGUCACCUCCAGAUCUGAACCUUGGGCGAUUGGUGAUGUAUCCUCAUUUCUUCUCAGCUUUGAGUCCAGAAUGGAGACAACAAGAGCAAACUCUUCCAGCACUGAGGGAUCUCAACCCUCACUCCACUUGGUGCAGCAACAGUCAGGGCCAAAGAAAGAUCUACAAUCCUACAACAACAAGUUUGACACAGGUGGAGGAAGAGGUGGAUCUAGGAAUCAAAGAGGAGGUAGAGGUGGCAGAGGAUUUGGAAGGGGAGACAAUAAAAUUGUGAUGAACAAGAAUUGA